AUGGACAACAAUAAUAACAUCCAUGCUCCUACAGUCGCCUCCGGACCCACGUCCGGAGAGGCUCCUGCUCGCGAUCUAUCCAAGCUCGGUGUCGUCGAUCUCAUGCAAGAGAAAGAACGCAUCGAAGCGGAACUCUCAGCUCUUAGCAGCGUGCUCAGCUCCCAUGGCGUUCACAUGAACACCUCUUUGACGACGUUCGAUGGAUACCCCCGAGAUGACAUAGAUGUCGCCCAAAUACGAACCACCCGAGCGCGCAUCAUCAGACUACGAACGGAUCAUAAAGAAGUCAUGUCGCUUCUCGAGAAGGGGAUACAUGAUCAUUUCGCGAGCCUGCAGCGUGCGCAGGCUACUGCACCAUCCGAUGGCAACACCAAUAAUACGCAAGCUGUACCAUCCAGUGCAGCCGGCAGUGACGCUGCAGGGAGCGAGGCCGCCGGAGUUCCUUUUGCGAAAGUCAAUAGUGUUGUCCCUGGCAGCCCUGCGGACCAAGCCGGACUUAAAGCUGGCGAUACUGUACGGAAUUUUGGAAGUGUGAACUGGUUGAACCACGAACGUCUGUCGAAAGUUGCUCAGGUUGUCCAGCAAAAUGAGGGGCGCCCCGUGGCGGUCAUCAUCACCAGAAAGGAUCCGAACUCGGCCAAUGAUCUUGAGCUCAGCCUGGCGCUCACUCCUCGCCGUGAUUGGGGUGGCCGGGGUCUGUUAGGUUGUCAUCUAGUUCCUCUAUGA